AUUAAAAAAAAAAUGACACUAAUAAAAUUGACAGCAUUGUAUAUUGAAGCAUAAUGCGACUUUAUAAGAUUACUUAAUUUACUUGUGUAUAAGAUUAUCACUCAUCAUCACUAUUUUGUGUAUUAUAUUCCUAAUGAAGCAAAGAAAAGUGGCAAUGUUACUGCAAUUUUUUUCAGUAUGGCUUGGUGUCCUUACUAUAUUGGUUUUGAUACAAGCUCAAGAACCAGGAUUCAUUAGCUUAGAUUGUGGUCUACCUGAAAAUUCAGACUAUUCUUCAUUGGAGACAAAGAUAAAUUACAUUUCAGAUGCCAAAUUCAUAGAUACUGGUGAAAGUAAGAGGGUAAAUGGCAAUAUUCCUGUUAAACAGCAACUACAAUAUGUGAGGAGUUUUCCAAUUGGAGUGAAAAAUUGUUACAGAAUAGAUGUAACAAAUGGUACUAAAUAUUUAAUCAGAGCUUCUUUCUAUUAUGGUAACUAUGAUAAUCUAAAUGAUCCACCACAAUUUGAUCUUACUUUUGGAGCUAAUGUUUGGGAUACAGUGAAAUUCACCAAUUUAUCAGGAAUCACAACCAGUGAGAUCAUAUAUACUCCUUUACUAGAUUACAUACAACCAUGUCUUGUCAACACCGGCACAGGGACUCCGUUCAUUUCAGCUAUAGAAUUGAGGCCUUUGAACAAAGAAGCUUAUGUUUCUUACUCAGCAAAAUCAAUAUUAUCACUCUUCUUUCGAUUUGAUAUAGGUUCCAUCACAAACUUAGAAUACAGGUACAAAGAUGAUGUUUAUGACCGCGUCUGGUUACCUUUUGAGUGGAAUGGCAUGAAACAAUUAAGCACCGAUGAAGGUCUAUUAACAAAGAGUAUAUAUAACGCACCAGCAAUUGUUAUGAGAACUGCUGCUACACCAGUAAAUGUCAGUGCCCCUGUACAAAUAUUUUUUGAUGCAGAAAAUGUAAAUGAGCAAUACUACGCAUAUUUGCACUUUAACGAGGUUGAGAAGCUUGCAGAAAAUGAAACUAGAAUAUUCAACAUCACAGUGAAUGGAGUGUCUUUGUAUGAAUUUGAGGUACCUGUAUACCGGUCACCAGAUACCAUAUUUAGUCAAACACCUAUGACUGGAGCCUCAAGAUAUAUAUUUUCCCUUACUAAGACAGAGAAUUCAACUCUUCCACCCAUCCUCAAUGCCUUUGAGAUUUAUAUAGUUAAAGACUUCUCACAAUCAGAAACUCAACAAGUUGAUAUUGAUACUAUCACAAACAUCAAGAAUGCAUAUGGGGUGGCUAGAAAUUGGCAAGGAGAUCCAUGUGGUCCAGUGAAAUAUAUGUGGGAAGGCUUAAACUGCAGUAUUGAUGAUGGCAAUAACCCUCCAAGAAUCACAUCAUUGAAUUUGUCUUCAAAUGGAUUGACAGGGGAGAUAGCAUCUUCCAUAUCAAACCUCACUAUGUUACAAUACUUAGAUUUAUCAAAUAAUAGCUUAGAAGGUCCUUUACCAGAUUUUCUGACCCAACUGCAUUCACUAAAAGUCUUAAACUUGAGGAAGAACAACCUCACAGGGGUAGUUUCAAGUGAACUCCUAAAGAGAUCAAGAGCAGGUUCACUAUCACUAAGUGUCGAAGAUAACCCUGGUCUUUGUACGACUGAAACAUGCAACAAAAAGAAGAAGAAGAAGAAGAAUUUGUCUGCACCACUUAUUGCAUCAUUUUCUGCAUUAAUAGUAAUCCUCUUGAUUUCUUUUGGCUUUUGGAGAUUCAGAAGACAAAUAGCUAAUUCAUGGAGGACAAUAGCUAUGCCCACGUCUUCAAAUUCUAAGAAAAAGGGUACCAUGAAAUCAAACCAUCAAGCAUUCAAUUACACUGAACUUCUCAAUAUUACUGAUAACUUCAAAACUAUUAUCGGAGAAGGAGGAUUUGGAAAAGUUUACUUAGGUACACUACAAGAUCAAACUCGAGUCGCUGUUAAGAUGCUUUCACCAUCAUCAGUGCAAGGUUAUAAGGAAUUUCAAUCAGAGGCACAACUUCUAACGGUUGUUCAUCAUAGAAAUUUGGUCUCCCUCAUUGGAUAUUGUGAUGAAGAUGAAACCAAAGCAUUGAUUUAUGAGUAUAUGGCCAAUGGAAAUCUCCAGCAACUCUUAUUAGUGGAAAAUUCAAAUAUCUUAAAAUGGAAUGAGAGAAUUAACAUUGCAGUUGAUGCAUCACACGGAUUGGAUUAUCUGCAUAAUGGAUGUAAACCACCUAUUAUGCAUAGAGAUUUGAAGCCUUCCAACAUAUUACUAGAUGAAAACAUGCAUGCCAAGAUUGCCGAUUUUGGUCUAAGUAGAACUUUUAACGAUAAUGACACUCAUAUAUCAACGCGCCUUGCUGGUACAUUUGGUUACAUUGAUCCUGAAUGUCAGAGAACAGGAAGCACAAAUAAAACAAAUGAUAUCUAUAGCUUUGGAAUAAUUCUAUUUGUGUUGAUCACCGGUCGUCAAGCAAUAGUAAGAACGGCGGAACAAAGCAUUCACAUACUUGAAUGGGUUACCUCUCUAAUCAGAGCAGGAGAUAUUGAAAAUCUUGUUGAUCCAAAGUUGAAGGGUGAAUUCAACAUCAGUUCUGCAUGGAAAAUUGUUGAGAUAGCAAUGUUAUGCACUUCAAGAAAUGUUGAUGAAAGGCCAGACAUUAGGAAAAUAUUGGCAGAGCUAAAUGAAUGUCUAUCUUUGGAGAUGGUUCAGAGAAAUAAUGGAAGAGAAAAAGCUACAGAUGAAUCGACAUUUUUAAAUGAUCUAUCACAAACUGUUCCUUUUCCUAGGUAACCAUUAUAUGAUGAUCUCUUCAUCAUAUGUUCAAUGCCACAAAUUGAAUGUCCUAGUGUAUAUAGUAGUCCUAGUUUGUAUGAAAUGUAAUAUGAUAAUUUGUAUUUUGAAAGUUUUAUAGCUAGGAACAAAAAGAGUUGUAUGACAAACACUAUAGUAUGAGUGAUGCUAUAUUAAAAGCAUAUUUCCCUCCUAAUCUAUUA